UGAAAUAAACAGAAGCGCUGAGCUAAAUUUCUGUGACCUUAUCUGGAAUAACAAUAAAAUAUGGUUCCUGAGUACGGGAUUGCUUAAAUUUCAUUCACCUCCAUGCGUUUUUGUGACGUGUAAAAGUCAGAUAGUACAAUGCUAUCCUUUUUCACGUCGCUUAUUCCGACUUCUUACUUCCUACCGGGGUGGCUGACUCUCGAUGCCAAUCCAGUGGAUAGUGUACUUCAAGGACUGGUAGGUGCAUGUGGGAUCUCUGUGCUUUGCUCCCUGCUAAGAGUGCACUUAUUUCUAGAGGAGAGUUGGAAGGAUAAAGAUGAUAAAGACUCAUCAAGCCAGAAGACCCCCAGUCAUCACAGGAGACCUGGACUUUUUGGAAUGCUCCAUUUUGUCAUCUUGACGGGGUUGCUGGCUAUAGUGGGCUCCCGAGUUGCCGCCCUGGUGGUACUAGAGUUUUGUCUUCGAGGUGUCUCUGGAUUGUUUACUGCAGGACAAGAGUACAAGAAAUUUCUGCAGCAGCUGUUAGUCCAAAGCCAGUUCUCUCUAGGUUGCGCCCUGAGCUGCAGUUUGUCCUUUCUGCACAAGGGGGCGUCGCAUAGCUGGCUCUGCCUGCUCCUGGCAGCAGCUCUCAGCUGGUUCCUGGCUCGGCAGGCCACAUGGCUGCUGCACCACGUCCUGGCUCUGUAUAAACUCCACAGCUCACAGCGCUACUGCGGCAUUUGCAUCAGCCUGCUCACAUCAGGCCGCAGCCUGCUGCCCAUGCUGUGCAGGACUAUGGUCAUCACUUUCUCUGUGGCUGUGGUGGCCGCUGUAUCAAUCAUCAAUCAACACUUCCUCUCUGCAACAGAGGCCCUCAGGUUUUGGACGCCACUUACUAUCUGCUACACACUCUUGGUUGUGUACAUGCAGGAGGAGCAGCACCGUCUGCCCAGCAGCCAGGCUGUCCUGAACACAGUGAUGGUGCGUCUUGGCGGUUUAAUGGUCCUGAUGCUGACUGUUGGACGCUGGGCUGACGUGCUCCACAUCCUAAUGUGUUUCCUGGGUGAGGCCGGCUGUCUAAUCCCCACUAUGGAUCUGCUGGAUGCAGCAUCCUCACAGGAUGAAGAGGAUUAUACGGAAUAUGUAAAGAGAGAGCAUCGACGAAGAUCACAGGCACAAGAGAAGAAGCAUCACAGAUAGAUAAAGUCCUAUAGGCGCCACAUCAACAAUGAAUGUUUUUGUAUUUAGAAUGUUUUUAUUAUUAUUAUUAUUAUUAUUAUUAUUGUUAUUAUUAAGAUGUCCAGGGAGCAUAUUAAAGUGAUUUGCAAAUUCAAGCUAUUGAAAAAAAAAACCCCCAACAUUUCCUGUAUAUGUGGAACACUGUAAUCACAUAACUUCAUCACUAUCUUCAUGACUAUCUAUGUAAACUACGUAUAUAGUGUAUGUGCCCAUGUUUCUGUCACACAUAUAGAUGUGAUAUAUA